CUCAUUGUUAAAUUUCAACCCAAAAAAUGCAGCGGAUAAACUCUUGCUGAACCACCGCCGUCGAGCAAAUCUCCGGUUUCGCGAUCUGAGCUUCGAUCCACAAAGCAAGCGUGCGUAUGCUUGAGUGAAGUUAUUUAGUUUAGAGCUUGAAGAAAUGGCGGGCGAAAACGAGGAAGAUAAUGGCGAGACUACGCAGAGACUCCACUCCUCAUUCGGAACUUCAUCAUCUUCGCUUCACCACACUCUUCCGCUGAAUCAAUUAAACAUACCUCAGCUCCACAUGCCUCAAUUUCGCGGCCAGAUUCGGCAGCAGCAGUCGCCUAAUUCGUGCGGGGAAAGGGAAAACGGUGGGAAAAGGUUGGGCAUUCCGCCGUCUCAUCCGCAAAUUCCUCCGAUUUCGCCCUAUUCGCAGAUCCCGUUCAAUCGAGCUGGAAAUCAGCAGAAUUUUAGCACUAGUCCAGGGCCAUCGCAUGGGCGAUCUUUGUCACAGCCGGCAUUUUUUGCAGUUGAUUCGCUUCCGCCGUUAGUUCCUUCUCCUUAUCGAGAGGCGCCUUCGAAUUCUGUUUCCGACCGAAUUUCGACUGAUGUAGCUAUGGAGGAGAUGGAGGGUGGGGGUGGAUCGCAUCAUAUGUUACCGCCAUCGCCUUUUGCGAGGGGAAGUGUGUGUAGAGCUGGAGAGAGUCUCCCUCCUCGUAAGGCUCAUAGAAGGUCCAGUAGCGAUAUUCCGUUUGGAUUUUCGAGCAUUUUACAGUCUUCGCCUCCGCUUAUGCCUUUGAGGAGUCCUGGUGCUCUUGAUAGGUCAGGAACCCAGCCAGUGCAGUUGGUUAAGAGAGAGUCUAGUUGGGAGAAAGUCGAGGGGAGUGGAGAAGGGACGGGGGAGAGAAAAUACGAAGAUGAUUUGUUCUCUGCAUAUAUGAAUUUGGACAAUAUUGAUGCCUUCAACUCAUCUGAGACAGAUGACAAGCUGGGGAAUGAGAACCGGGACGAUUUGGACAGCAGAGCCAGUGGGACAAAGACAAAUGGAGGCGAUAGCAGUGAUAAUGAAGCGACUAGUAGCGUUAAUGAAAGUGGGAGCAGUGCUCAGAAACCGAGAGUUUCUACAUUGACUGAGAGGAGGGAAGGGAUUAAAAGGAAUGCUGGGGAAGAUAUUGCUCCAACCACGCGACAUUAUAGAAGUAUCUCUAUGGAUAGUUUUAUGGGAAAUAUGAGUUUUGAUGAGUCGCCCAAAAUGCCUCCGUCUCCUGGAACAAACCAACUCUCACCCACCAAUUCACUUGAUGCCAAUACGAAUGGUUUCAGCUUGGAAUUUGGGAAUGGGGAAUUUAGUGGUGUUGAACUUAAGAAGAUAAUGACAAACGAGAAACUUGCUGAGAUAGCCUCAAGUGAUCCCAAGCGUGCAAAAAGGAUCUUAGCUAAUCGCCAAUCUGCUGCUCGGUCAAAAGAGCGGAAGAUGAAAUAUAUUGUGGAGUUGGAACACAAGGUCCAAACAUUACAGACUGAAGCUACUACAUUGUCUGCCCAACUUACCAUGCUUCACCGAGACUCUACUGGACUUAGUAGCCAAAACAAUGAGCUGAAGUUUAGGUUGCAGUCCAUGGAACAACAGGCUCAACUGCGAGAUGCACUGAAUGAGGCAUUGACGGCAGAGGUUCAACGUCUGAAGUUUGCAACUACUGAAUUAAGUGGCAACCCCUUGAAGUUUCAGCAGUACCCUCAGAUGUUUCAGUUACGGCACCAACAAGCCACACAAACGAACAUGCAUCAGUUGCAACAACAACAGCCACAGCAAUCACAACAAGUGAAUGGCAACAACAACAAAAACACCACUAAAGACGAGACAAAGCAAUACUCGCCUUAGAGGAAGCCUUUCAUGAGGUAAUAUCGUCUCUCCUCAUCUUCACCUACGCAUACAAUACAUCUUCGUUCCUGCCUGUUUAAAUUUAUGUUCAAGAAUCACGUGCUCUAGGAAAACUGUCGCUCCUAGCAAACGAGCCCUGGACUGCGAUAAUUUUCCUUGCCAGCCACCUUCAUAUCUCCCCAUCUCGAGUUACAUUCCUUCUUCGUAUAUAAGAAACAUGUGUCGACAUUGUGCUGUGACAUUCUAUUCUUGUAAUAGUUUGGAGUAAUUUAUUUGAGUUUUCUUUAUAGAUCCUUUGAACAUGUGUUUUUGUCGGAUUGAUCUCUCAAUAUUUCGUGAGAUGCCUUUAAUAAUGGUUAUUUUUUCAUUUGCUUUUA